CUACUAAUUUCCUCCUCAAAAUACCUUAUACUCUCUCUCUCUCUCUCUCUCUCGGUGGCCCCCUCUCUCUCCUCUAAAUCUCUCCCGCCUAUAUAACACACAUUCACAACUCACCACCCUCUGUUGCAAAAAUGUCAUCACCCUCUUCCUCUCCCGGAGAUGGUGGUGCUCGAGGCGGCGACUACGACGCUCCCUCCUCCUCCCGUCAGCGUCGCUCCGGCAACGGGGUCUGGCCGGAGCCGUUCGUGGAGGCUCUCGCCACUCAUGUCGCCAUUGAGGCUUCUCAGUCUGAAGGCCGCCUUGUGGCGGCCCAAGUUCUCUUCAAUCUCUUCCAGGUAUGUUCUACUUGGCGAGCAGUGUCAAACUCUGAUCUCUUGUGGCAGAACCUCACCCGCCGAAUCUGGCACUGUAACAAUCUCCGCCAUAAUACAUGGUAUGAGGAAUAUGUACACCACCAUCGCCUAGCCCGUAACUUCCGUGUUGGAAGAUAUUUAUAUAACCCACUACACUUGAGCCCAGCAGAUGAAAAUAACAACAAUGAGAACUUAGUCUGUCGUCGCCUCACCAUAUCUGAUUACUAUCUUGCAGCUGGCUUUUCUGAUGGCACUGUUCGCUUAUUCCACCUCCCCAACAUGCUCUAUUUAUCCACUUUCCGUCCCCAAAACCGUAAUCGCCUAGGACACUUCUCACCUGCCGUGUCUGGAAUUAUUCUAUCUGAAUCCCGACUUGUAUUUGCUUCCCUCGAUGGUGACAUCCAUGUGGCAAUGACUGACAAUGCUAUACCACCUCGUAGAGCCCAUUUGGGGGAUGUAGUUAAUGAUGGAGCUUUAGUCGACUUUAAUGGAUGUAGCCAGUGGUGGGUUGGUCUCUACGCAGGAGUUCCUGGGCGUGCUUUUCAUGUGUGGAAUGGAGUGACAGAAGAGCUAGUUUUUAUUGGUGGGACAUUGACAGACCAUGAAGCUGUAAGGGGUUGGCAUCUACUGACAGAGUUGACUGAGCUCAUAGGCCGAGUAAGAUUAACAAGUCGUGAAUUGGCCGUGGCAUGUACCAGCCUCAGAUUUAUUGUGUUCGACUUAAGGGAUCAAGUUAUCGUAUUGGGAGAAGAAGAAUUUCCCAGAAGGCUGAUGGUGGGCGCUUUUGAUGCCAGGCAUGAAGAGUUUGUCAUAGUGGACCGACGUGGAUCAGCUAGCGUGAGGCGGGUGGGUACUUUGGAGGAGGUCUGCAGAUUUGAUGUACGUGGAGCUUCACAAAGGGGUGUUUUGGGGUGCACAAACGGUGGAUAUGCAUUAAUGUGUGUAGGAGGACUUAUUCGAGCAUGGGAGAUUGAGCAUGGAGAGCAUUUGUAUAGUUUGGUAGAGAGAAUAGGAGAAGCGACUGCUCUGGUUGCAGACGAAAGAUACCUGGUAGCUUGUUCGUCUGAUAACACAAUUCACUUGUGGGACUUUGGAGUGCAAUAGGUAGUAACCAUAGGUUAGUAUGUAGCAUGCAUGUACAAGUUAGUAUCUUGUAAGCAGUAAGCUCAUCGGUUUAACAUUGGCGGGGGUAAGUAAUUGACAGGACCGGAUUCAUAGACUAUCUAGCGGUGGCCUCAGAUACACUUUCACUUUCACAGGUAGAUUGACAAUUUAACUGGAAGCACAUUGGUUUGGGGGUAAGGUUGCUGAUCUUAGAUUUGCAUAUGUUGCUUAGUUCUCGGAAAAUAAGACACAUUAUAGGGUGAGGGGACCUCGGAAGGUUGAUUGGAGUUGUGUUCCGGGACCAAGGCAAAAGCUUAACUUUGAUGACUACUCAUAAGACAUCUGUAGUUGCCUUUUCAUGUUAAAACUGUUGUUAGUUAAGUGAGGUAGAAGAAGAAAGGCCUUUGUAUCAUUGUACUUGAACUGUGGUCCGCAUCUAUCUUGUUCGCUUUUAUCAAUAUAUGCAAUUGGUGUCCUGCAUUUUUUGUUA